GUGUAAAGGAUACGAAUGCAGAUCAUUGCGCAAGUCAUUUAGGAAAAGCCAUAGGAAUUGGCACUUUGUUACGCUCGACACUACAUCAUGCCAAGUCAAGGAGAAUUUUAUGGCCCACUGAUGUCUUGCUACAGGUAUCUUGAUUGAUAUAAUUAUGGACUUCAAUGAUCUGGUUUCUGCACUUCACUCGGUAAUAUUAGAAUGCUGUUUUUAGGGUUUGUAAUCCAAGUGAGUAUAUAUAUAUAUACAUUUUAAGACCUAACCAGGAGUCCUCCUGAUAUACUCACUUGGAUUACAAACCCUAAAAACAGCAUUCUAAUAUUACCAAGUGAAGUGCAGAAACCAGAUCAUUAAAGUCCACCUUAUCACAACCCGCACACGCGAUCGCCUAUAUAUACAUGAACUUACGGUUAUAGCUCAACAGUUGGCCUCUGUAGCUCAGUUGGUUAGAGCGCUGCACCGGAAUCGCAGGACCCUAUAUAGGUUCAAUUCCUACCAGAGGACCUUGUGCUGCAUUUUUCGCAGUCGUUCCUGGUUAGGUCUUAAAAUGUUUAUAUAUGCUCACUUGGAUUACAAACCCUAAAAACAGCAUUCUUGAUAUAAUUAUACUUUUGGGCUAGACUUGCUUCAAGUUAUUCGAUAUCAGGGUGUCCCAAUAAAAUGCAAUCGCUCUCCGUUUGAGACUCUUACACAGUUCGUUAUUUAUUUGUUUAUUUAUUUAUUUAUUAUGCUUUGCCAAUUUCACACAAUCUGCCCAAAUACAAACACACGAAUAUACAACCUAUCAAUCAUGGCAGGGUACAUGCUACAGCUUACGCCAAUCACAGCAGCCCUUGGAAAACGAACAUGACACAUUGUUCAUUAGAUCUUUAGUAAUAUAGAAAGGCCAGUUUGCACCCAGGAAAACCCUCUGCAGGAUAGGAACGGAAUGGAAAGUUACAUGGUGCUAAAUUAUUAGUGAGCGUCGAACAUUUCAUAUAAAAGAUUAAUUUUGACAGUAAGAUUAUUAUAAUUGGUCUACUACCACCGAUGUUAUGCCCUAUUUUAAGGCCCUGUCACAUUAUUGCGUACGAGAGCAAGUUAUAUGAGUAGCGUAUAAACUAUAUACGUCCGCAUACGCACAAAAAUUUUGAGCAUGCUUAAAAAUAAUUUGUGUCUCGCCGUAUCGCAUGCGUAUGCCACCGUAUGCCACCGUGCUUGAAUCGCAUGCAUACAACCUAUUUUAUAUCUGAUGAUGCACGGACUGCGAGUGUUUUAAAUGGCUUAAAAAACGACCCAUCCGAUGAGUUAAUGGACCUUUCACCUUUUGACUAAAAUUUAGAUUUCAACAAAUCUAGACAAACAUUUUAUCACGGCUUGAAAGAGCAUCACAAAAUUAGUAAUAUUCCGAAGUUUCGUUGCGAAAUGUUGUAGAAUGUGGAUAAUAUAGCCUUGCGAAGUUUGCAAUUUUCAGUCAUUUUGUAUUACAGACGGGAAAUACAUACCCUUUUUCUGAAGGAGGUAUGUAUUUCCCGCGCGUAAUACAAAAUGACUGAAAAUUGCAAACUUCGCAAGGCUAUAUUAUCCGCAUUUUACAACAUUUCGCAAUGAAACUUUGGAAUAUUACUAAUUUUGUGAUGCUUUUUCAAGCUGUGAUAAAAUUUUUGUCUGGACUUGUUGAGAUCUAAAUUGUAGUCCAAAAGUGAAAGGUCCAUUGGCGAAGUAAUUUUAAAAAUAAACCUUGCGGUCUAAGCCGAGAAAAUGAAAGCUAAAGUUUAUGUUAAUGAACAUGAUUUUUUACCACAUAUAACCCCAAACUCAUAUUAAUGAGUUUUGGGUGCAUGGUCAAAUAUAUUGAUAGUGUUUUAUUUUUUCAGCACGGACUUUCACAGGAAGAUGUACUGCGUGGUAGAAAUGUCGCCGUUGCCAAAGAAGUGACGUACCAGUUAGCCAGCGUGGCACAUGUUCAUUUAGAUAAA